CCAGGAACCUGUUUGAGAUGGUUCCAGCCGCGGUCUGGAGGUGCGUACAAAGGAUGCUGGGUACUGGACAAUGUCCUGGUUGUUAACACUGCCAAUCCUCCGCCCCAAAUGGAUGAACAGUUUGAUCCAGUCCAACCAGCUAACUGGCUCUUCUUCCCAGGAGCAAAUAUAAAGCAAAAAUGCCAGUCCGAAAAAAAUGCAUUGGUGUUCAAUAAACCUGAUCAGACAUACAACUUUGUCAGCACGCGUGACCUUGACCUUCGAGCUGAUGACGCUGAUGCUCUGACAGAGGCUAUCUUUAAGGAAGGCUUUGAGGCAAAGUUUCAGGAAGGGUGGUUUCGCAGUGGAGGUCGUAUGGACACAACGUGUGGUGUAAUACGCAGAGAUAACUCCCUGGUGUUUGACAGCACUGGAAACAGGCAGACAUGCACACCACUCAUGGAUAUGAAACAGGCGGGAAACCUACGCUUCUACUUCUCCAUGGGUGAAGGAUGCAAUUGGUCAGAGUCAAAGAAGGCCACAGUGUUGGUGUAUUUAGAGGAUGAGAAGAAUGGAACAUACAUUCUUCAAAAACUGGACCCAAAAGCAUUUCAGAAACCGAAAUUAGUCUCCAUCCCUCUCAAUGGACCAGAGAAGCCUACCAUUGCUAGAGUCUGUUGGAUUCAGAAAGCUCACAGUGGGGCCAACAAGGAUGGCUGGGCAAUAGAUGAGAUGAUGAUCUUACCUCAUUUACCGAAGAGCUCCUCUGCAGAUAAGGUUGUUCAGUUCAGUCUAAAUCUGGACUGCGGUACCAACAUCACAGAGAAUGUUGUUGAUCUUGAGUUUUCUCCGGACCAUGGCUUUCACUGGCACCAACUCUUUACGCCAUGUUACCCUGGCAUCUGCCAAAGGAACCCCCAACCUUUGACUUCUCGCUUUGAAUCAUCCAAGCAGCAAAGGUGGCAGAGGCUGACUUUACCUUUGCCAUAUGCUGCUCUGACAUCUCAUGUUCGGUUUCGUUGGAAACAAGCCACACCCUCCCUAGCUUCAAACUGGGCCCUUGACAAUGUGUUUAUUGGGAAUUGCCCGGACAAGUGCAUGGGACAUGGAACAUGUAGGAAGGAUAAUAUCUGCCAAUGUGACUUUGGGUACAGAGGACCUACAUGCAAAUAUUCUGUAAGAAAAAAUUCAAAAUCCUUGGUUGAGAGUUUUACUGAGCCUUCCACAGUUCCCAGCUCUCCGCACUACCAUAUUGAAGGGGCUGCACUUCGGUUUAUAUGCGAUGUUGUGGCCACAGGGAAAGCAAUAGUGUUUUAUAAGGAUGGGGUGAGACAACUUGUUACGGAGGAGCUCAACACCACGGAUACAAGAUAUCUUCAGUUCUCCAUUCGCAUUGGAAGCAAUUCUGCCACGUCAUUUUGUCGACCUCCAGAUGGCCCUUCAGAGGGCAUCCUAGUGGAGUACUCCUGUAAUGGGGGCAUCUCCUGGGAACUCAUGAAACACCUGAAAUUUGAUGAAUAUCGUAAACCUAUGAUGGAUUCAGUAAUGUUGCCAGAAGAUGCUCAACAGGAUGGGUGUAAGUUUCGUUGGCGACAACCAAUGCAUUCGGGUUUAAAUCAAGAUGUGUGGGCACUAGACGACAUCAGCCUGACAAAACAUCUCAUGAAUACGUUAAACAUUGAGGUGUCUGACAUGGCAGAAGACCUGCCUCAACUCACAGUGAAUGAGGGAAAACUCCAAAACAACUUCUGUGGAGUUCCCAAAAGUUUAGGAUUUGUGGACGAGCAGAGCACAGGUAACAGCCGAUUUGUGUCUACAGAGCCAAUGAGAGUCGGCCCAUCUUACCUGCUGCAGUUUGAGCUCGUUAUGGGAUGUGACCACCCUUACAGCCAAGACAAGGACAACCAUCUGUAUCUAGAGUUCUCCACAGAUCAUGGGUUAUCAUGGAAACCUGUUGUGGAGCCAUGCCUUCCACCUAAGAAGUGUGAUGAGUAUAAGCCAGGGACAGUGUAUGAUGCCAGUCAGUUCCGACAAUGGAGUCAUGUGACUGUGAUGCUGCCUUCAGAAACCUGGUCACCUGCAACUCGUUUCCGGCUUCGUCAGCCGGAGUGGGGCCCUCAUGACACCUGGGGUAUGACAAGGCUCUAUGUGGGACAGCAGUGCCCUAAAAUGUGCAGCGGCCAUGGAAAGUGUGUUGAGGGAGCGUGCAGGUGUGACAAAGGUUAUGUGGGAAAGAGCUGUGCACCCUCUGAGCCCCUGGACACAUCCAUGCAGGCAGAUUUUGGCAUUGAUUAUUACCCUGAGACAAACUUUCGUCAGAUCACAGGGGGUGAUGUGGCCUCCCCUCACCAAGGCUGUGGAAUGGUUCUGUCUGGGGAAAACCUUUACUUCUCGAAGACAGGUGUUCGACAGGUGUCCACCAAAGACAUGAAUACGACAAACGCUGAUUACAUUCAGUUUUAUAUUCGCCUUGGGGGUACCUCCGGACCUGGCUGCAAUGGGGUCCAGAUGCGGAAUGAGAGCGUGUUACUGCAGUACUCCAGUGAUGGUGGCAUCACUUGGCAUCUGUUAGAGGACAUGUUUGGACCAGACUUCUCCAAGCCAAAGUUUGUGCACGUCAAACUUCCAGGAAAGGCUAAGACGGAGCAGACGCAGUUCCGCUGGUGGCAGCCUGCUCAUUCUGGGCCAGGACAUGACCAGUGGGCACUGGAUGACAUCCAUGUCGGGAAGUAUAGGCGCCUGGACCACCUGGAGGACAGCUUUGAUCAAAUGUCUUUGGAUGUACGGCACUCUGACCUGUGGUUGACUAUCACUGAUGGUGUUCUGGCGAAAUUCUGCCGUCAAAAGGACCUGGCCUUAGUUCUGGCCAAUCAAAACAGUGACAAAUCUGUGGUGACCAAGGACCUUUUGCUCAAGCCUGGCUAUGUUAUACAGUUCAUGAUCAAUGUGGGCUGUGAGAAGAGAUUUCGCUGGGAUCAUCCAGUCCUUCUCCAAUACUCAUCUGACUUUGGGCGUACCUGGAAACUCGUCCAGGAGCCGUGUUACCAAGGAGACACCUGCGAGUCUAAACCUAAGCCGUCUGAAGGGAGCAUAUAUUAUAGCGGUACUCAUGGGGACUGGACCCUUGUGGUGAUCCCAGUCUCGGAGGAAGUUGCCAUGAGACCAGUGGUGCUGCGCUGGUUUCAGCCAGGGGGAAUGAUGUCCAGUUUUGCCCUGGAUGACGUGUACAUAGGCCCUCCGUGCCCCAAAUACUGCAGUCGCCAUGGAGUCUGCCAACAAGGAAAUUGCUUGUGCGAUGAUGGCUACCUAGAACCAGAUUGUAGUCCACCUCAGCAGAAUCCCAAGGGUAUGGUUGACAGAUUUGACAACACCAACAUGCCUGGUGAUAACUGGGCAAAUGUGCUAGGAGGACAUCUUGGGAAAGAUUGCGGCUUCAUUGACUAUGGCAACAGUCUUUACUUCUCUGGGAAGGGAACCCGAGAAGCCAUGACAGUUCCUCUUGAUACAUCGUCUUUGCGGAUGUUGCAGUUUGUCAUUACAAUAGGAAGUAUUGAAGACAGGCCAGAUUGUCUGCGACCAAGUAGCCGUAGGGAAGGGGUUGUUUUGGAUUACUCAUUAGAUAACGGUGUCACCUGGCACGUGUUGAAGGUCGUCGAACCUUUGUACUACAACAAGACUGUUCAGGUUGUCUCCAUUGAUCUUCCUGCAGCAGCCAAGACAGAUAAGACGAUCUUCAGGUGGUGGCAGCCAUUGGGGUUUGGAGAAGUACCUCGAGCGCAGUGGGCCCUGGAUAGUGUGAUGAUUGGCGUGAAUGACUCCAGCGCCAAUGGUUUCCAAGAUGACUUCAGUGACAUGAUGCCAAACCCAUCUCAUUGGUUCAUGUUUGCAGACGGUAUCCCAAAGAUAGGUUGCAACUCAAAGGGGAAUGCAUUUGAGUUCAGUCGCAGUGAUGCUGGGACACGUUUUGCGGAGACAUGGGAUUAUCACGUGACACCAUCCACAUUUCUCCAGUUUGACAUAGCUAUGGGCUGCGGUGGUGCAUACAGUCAGGUAUACACUGUGAUGCUCCAGUACUCUGUAAACAUGGGAAAGACCUGGCACCCGCUCAUUGAGGAAUGCAUGCCGCCUCAUUUUGAGUGUCCAGGGUACCACCUAAGCAGUGAAUAUAUGUCUGACCAGUACAUGAACUGGACCCGUGUGACGAUCUAUCUGCCUCCAGGAGCAAUUUCUCCUGCCACAAGGUUCCGCUGGCUGCAACCACCGGGUUCUCCACGAGGAAACGUGUGGGCCCUGGAUAAUGUCUACCUGGGUGGGGGCUGCCCUUGGCUGUGCUCGGGCCAUGGCUACUGUAAUGCCGGGAAAUGUGUAUGUGACAAAGGGUUUGGUGGUCCCCACUGUGUACCAAGUGUUCAGCUGCCAAUGAUGAUGAGGGAUGACUUUAACAAGCCUGUGGACAGAAGCUGGUGGCCAGAAGUGUACGGGGGUGAGGUGUCAAGGGUGUGUGGUACUGUGGUCAGUGACACAGCUCUUGCCUUCUACAAGGAAUCAAGGCGAAUGGCAAUCACACGUGAUUUUGACACGUCAAUGGUAGAGAAUGUGGAGUUCUUCCUUCAGUUUGGGUGCACAGAGAAGGAAUCUGAUUGGCCUAGGUCACACAGCGUGUUAUUACAGUACUCGACCAAUGGCGGAAUAAAAUGGCAAUUGUUGCAAGAGCUACAUUACCGAAAUGAAACCAAGCCGAGGUUUUAUAGUUUAACGUUGCCAACAAACGCAAAAGCCAAUGCCACAAGGUUUAGAUUCCUUCAACCAAAGCAUGGAGGUCACCUAGUGUCUGCGUGGGCUAUAGAUAACUGGUAUGUAGGAACAAUGAUCAUGAAACCUAACACAAUCUAUGACACUUUUGAUGACCUGCAACCAAGUGAAGAAUUCUGGCUUUUUGCUAACAAUGGAAAAUUGGGACGAUAUUGUGGACUGAACACAAGACGAGACACAACAAUGGCGGGCCAGACUGCUAUGGUGUUCAGACAUGGGGAUGGGGAGAAGUCCUUGGUCUCUCGGGAUAUGGAGGUUGGACCAGCUAGUGUCCUACAGUUUGAUAUCAAUGUGGGUUGUGACUCAGUUGCUGACAAUGCCUUACCUGUGCGCCUGGAGCACUCCUCGGACAGAGGGAAAUCUUGGCACCUGCUGAGUGAGAACUGCCUCAGAUACUCCAUCUCCCUUUGCCAGGAUAAGGUGAAGCACCCGAGCCUCUACUACAGUGGAACCUCUCGUUACUGGAGGAGGGUCACCAUCCCACUGAACAGCCUCCAUACCUGUGGAUCGGUGCGUUUCCGUUGGCGACAAGAGGCUGCACCUGAGCAUGGGUAUGCCCCCGAGUGGGCUGUGGAUAACGUAUACCUGGGAAUGAUGUGUGCAGAGCACUGUCAUGGCCAGGGAAGCUGUAUCCAUGGGAUGCUGUGUCAGUGUGACCACUUCUACUCUGGAGACACCUGCAUACCUACCACCCCCAACCCUAGCUACCUGAAGGACUCAUUUGAUGCGCUCUCCCUAGGAAGGUCUGCCAGGAACCGUAGUGACAUUAAUGUUAUCUCUAAUCUGCCUAUAACUUCACGAACUGUUGAUGAAGGUAAAUGGCUGACAUGGAGUGGUGGUGAGAUAGCAAAGACCUGUGGCAUCCUCCUUACUGGCAGUAACCUCUACUACAGUAACAGAGGAGACAGAUUGCUGACAACAGUCGACCUUGACCUGUCAAAAGGGAGUUUGAUCCAGUUCUACCUGAAACUGGGAUGUAAGGACACUGUGGACCCCAAUACAGCGCCCAUCCUGCUGCAGUACUCAACCAAUGGAGGCAUACACUGGGUCAUCAUUGAGCAAUUUGACUUCCAUGCCUCCAGUAACCAACCCAACUACAUCGUCGUACACAUCCCACAUGGUGCCCUGACAAAAAGUACUCGGAUCCGUUGGUGGCAACCAAGCUUGGACGGUACUUUUCUUGAAGACUGGGCAAUAGACCAGGUGUACAUAGGAAGUGAGAGGGAGAGCCAGGCACUCUUACAGGAUGAACCGGACACCCCUAAGGACUCCAAUUGGCUUCUUGCCCCUGGGGGAGAGGUGGAGGAAGUCUGUGGGUCAGACAGAGAAGCUAUUCACUUUGCUGGUGAGGAUGACAUGAGGUAUGCCAUAUCUGCUGAUAUCCAGGUGGAAGAGGGUAGCUUUAUACAGUUUGACUUGGCCAUGGGUUGUGAUCCAUCAGAACACUGUUAUGGGAUUGAGCUUCAGUUUUCCUUGGAUAUGGGGAAGACAUGGAGUUUAUUGCGGGAUGCUUGCUUGCCAUCUAACUUGGACUGUAGUCAGUACUACAGUAGCAGUAUAUUUUAUUCAGAUCUUUUCACUGGAUGGACAAGGGUCCUGCUACCACUGCCUUAUUAUACCAAAUCUGCAGGUACUCGGUUUCGUUGGGUACAGCCACCUGAAUUUAGAGCAGAGGAUUCGUGGGCGAUAAGUGGGUUGUACAUAGGCAAUGGAUGCCCCAAAUUCUGCAGUGGCCAAGGCUGGUGUCAUGAAGGACAAUGCAGGUGUGAGGAGGGUUGGGAGGGGUUGGCUUGUGACACACCUAAAACAGCCCUUCCUAGUUACUUGCAGGAUACCUUUACCUCAUCUCCCCUACCCCAUAACUGGCUGACGAUACUUGGGGGUGAGGUAGAGGACACCUGUUCUGUAGUGGGGUCAGGAACAGCCCUUCACUUCACUCAGGGCUGCUCAAGAAUGCUAGUAAGCCGUGACCUUGACCUCCGAGAGGCAGUUUACAUCCAGUUUAACUUCAUGUUUGGCUGUGUGACCCCUCCCCGCUCACGAGAGGGAGGUGUACUGCUAGACUUUUCAUCCAAUGGAGGAAUAACAUGGCAGCCUCUGGAGGAGCUCUACUUUAAUCUCUACACGAUACCAACGUUUGUGAGUGUAAAACUCCCGCAAAGUGCAAAAGCCCAAGGUGUAAGGAUAAGAUGGUGGCAGCCAAUUCACCCUGGAAACCGAUUGGCUGACUGGGCUAUUGACAAUGUUGUGAUUGGUGGAGAUGUGACCAAUCCAGACACACUCAAGGAUACGUUUAAUACUGGUCUUUCUCCAGAGAACUGGAUCCAAACAAAUAAAAUCCAGUCAGGUGCGUACUGUGAGGAGGAAUCGAAUGCCAUUGGCCAGGCAACACAAUCAGAAGCAUCAGUUUUGACCACUAGAGAUUUGGAUGUGAAAUACGCCAAUAUCCUCCAGUUUUCCAUCAAUGUUGGUUGUGACUCUGCAGAGGAGCUGACACCCCCUGUCGCUGUGCAGUACUCUCUGGACUAUGGUAUGACAUGGACGAACCUUGUGCCUCAGUGUGUGGAAAAUGAUCCGCACUGCCUGGGAGUGGCAACCAUGGCGUCUGUGUACUACCCAUCACCGGGGUGGAGGAGAAUUGUUAUCAAGUUCACAGGACAGGAAAUUUCUACGUCAACUCGGUUCCGCUGGAUCCAGACCUCCCCUGUGGUAGAGCCCUUGACAAGCUCCAAGUGGGCAUUAGCUGAUGUUUACAUUGGUUCGCCAUGCCUCAGCUAUUGUAACGGGCAUGGCUUCUGUGAUUACCCAUACUGUAGGUGUGAUGAAGGUUAUGGCGGAGACGACUGUACUCUAGUGAACACAACUGCUGUCCUGCCACAACUGAAGGAUUCCUUUGGAGAAGCAAAGAUUAACUUCACAAAAUGGUUACUGGUACAGGGAGGCUCCAUUGACUCACCCUGUCAGACAAUGGUAGAAAGUUCUGCUCUGUUCUUCACUGGCCCAGCCUUGCGUCAGGUGGUUACCAAUGACCUUGACCUUAGAGAUGCUGUAUUUUUACAGUACUAUGCCAUGAUUGGAGGAACGAGUAAAGACCCGUUCUGCCUUGAACCAUCAUCUUUAGACCACAGUGUUAUUCUGCAAUACUCCACUGAUGGAGGUAUUACUUGGCAUGCACUACAUGUUCUUGACUACACGUCUUACACAAGUCCUAGCCGAGACUACAUCACACUGCCUCUGGUAGCUAGAACCAAUUCCACACGUCUGCGAUGGUGGCAGCCACUGCCAAGUCUUGACCAAUUAGCACCCAGCUGGGCUCUGGAUAAUGUGCUGAUUGGAGGAUCUGAGGUGAACCCCAGCCAUUUUGAGGAGCGCUUUGAUGAAGAGCCCUCGCAAGAUGACGCACCAUGGGAGUUCUGUCCCUUUGGAGAGGUUGAAGAUAAUGUGUGUGAGAAACUGGGGAGUUCCCUGCAUUAUGGGAAAGGAAGAGGAGUGCGAAUGUUUACAACAAAUCAGCUUAUUGUUCAGCAAGGGUACAUGAUUCAGUUCAAGAUCGCUGUCGGGUGUGAAGAGGCAUUUUCUCCAUGUGAAAACCACCAUGCCCCAAUUCGCUUGGAGUACAACAGAAAUCCCACAAGUGAGUCAUGGGAACUGUUGGAAACCGCUUGUUUGCCAGGCAAUGAUGUAAGCAAUGGAUGCAAGCCCUACAUUCACCAUGGACCCAGUGUCUACACGAUGGACCAAGGGACAGGCUGGAGACGCAUCACCAUAGAAAUACCCUACAGAGCUUACUCCAGUGUGACUCGCUUUAGGUGGGCUCAGAUGUCACCCCACAAAGAGGUGCCAGGGUGGGCUCUAGAUGAUCUGUACAUUGGGGAGAAGUGUGAGGACAUGUGUAAUGGGCGUGGUGAUUGUGUGGAUGGCAGGUGUGAAUGUGACCCAGGAUACAUAGGACCAAGCUGUUUGCCUCUCAAAUACAGGCUUCCAAAGCGCCUGUAUGACACAUUUGAAGGAGAACUGUCUUCAGGGCUGUGGGAAACAGUCUCUGGUGGAGAAAUUGGGUUUGGAUGUGGAGCUUUGCUACCCAAAGCUCAUGGGAAAAACCUUUACUUUAAGGGUUGUGGAGCAAGAGAGGCCUUAACUAAGGAAAUGGACUUGAGAGACGCCAGCCAAAUCCUGUUUGUGAUCCAAAUUGGUAGCCUAAGACAGAGAGCUACGUGUAAUGUAUACCUCCAGCCAGAAAAUCCCAGUAAUGGGUCUGUUCUGCUGCAGUUCAGCAUUAACAAGGGUGUUGAAUGGAGACUGUUAGCCAAUCACAACCCAGCAGAUUUCCUGGAGGCCCGGCAAGUUAUGUAUGAGAUUCCGUCAGAUGCCAGAGUUGUUGGGCUCCAGUUCCGGUGGUGGCAGCCUUUGCACAGGGGCCUUGGGCAUGACCAGUGGGCGAUCGACAACGUGGAGAUAGUAGGGAGAAGGUCCAGUUUCGUAGGCGGGACCAUACAUCGUCGGCGGCGUCACGCUCAACUACGGGCAUAACUCCAUCCCCAGGGGCUGUCUGCUGUGUACAUUUGUGGCUGUUAUAUUUAAAGUGACCUUCUCAGAUUGACUGCAUCCUGAUGUUUUGUCUGGAAUACUGUUGUCCAAACUGAAUGUGUAUUAUAUGAUAACUGACACUUAUCAGAAAAACAGAACUACGAUGUCUUUGUCAGAAAUUUUGAAAGCAAGUAUAUUUUAGUCAAGAACAUGCCAGGAUAUAUAUAUAUGUGGCAUUGCAGUAUUUCACUGCUUUAAUUGCCAGUGAUCAGAUGAUUUGAAUUCAAGGUAAACCGGCCUGGCAUGCAACUAGUCAAAGAGUUGAUGUGUUGUUAAUCAAAUAACAUGUAAUUAUGUCCCUUGCUUGUGGACUUGAUUAAAUUCAUUUCUUGUUCAUAUUGGAAAUAAAUUAACUUGUAUUACAGUAU